AUGGCUGAUCUCGCAUCUCUCUGGGCACAGGUUCUGCCUUUGCGCGAUGAACCAAUCGACCAGCACGACAACUUCUUCCAGCUGGGCGGAGACUCUGGUACCGCCACGCUUCUCACGCACACAGCGCGGCAGGCUGGGAUCACAAUUCAUGCCGAGGACGUAUUCUUGUACCCUACGCUGUCGCAGAUGGCACAGCUGCCGUAUGUUCCUGCACGGGCCACUGCCCUUCCAGACGCGGGACCCUUCUCUCUCAUCGCAGCAGGCGUCGAGCUCGACUCGUGCAUCUCGCACGUGGCUACUGCUUGCGGUGUCGAGGCGGCGCAAGUCACGGAUAUCUACCCGUGCACACCUCUGCAGGAAGGCCUCAUCGCAUUGUCGACAAAGUCGGGAGGCGACUACGUGCUCCAGGCGCGAAUGCAGUUGUCGACUGAUGUUGACAUUGUGCGCUUUCAGGAGGCGUGGGAGCAGACCUUUCGUGCUGUUCCCAUUUUGCGGACCCGGAUUGUCGAGCAUGAGGAGCUCGGCUUCCUCCAGGUCGUCCUCAACACGAGCGUCACUUGGCGACGUGGACAGGAUGCGGCCAAAUGCAUGGAGGAGGAGAAGAACAAGCCCGUGCAUCUCGGCCAGGCGUUAGCCGGAUGCGCAUUGGUCUCCGAGGGAGGGCUCUCGGCCUUUGUCCUCACCAUACACCACGCCCUCUACGACCGAGUGACUCUCCCGGGCAUUCAAGAGGUCUUCCGCCAAUUCUGGUUUGGCAACACCAUUGACGAGCUGCCUGCCUUCAGGCACUACGUCCAGUAUCUCACACAGAAGAGCAAAGCGGCUUCGUUGGCCUUUUGGGAGUGGGCAACGCUCGACUUUGACGCCCAAGUCUUCCCUGAGCUGCCGGCGGGCGUCGCAGACGGCAAGCCCGACACCACGGUGCACAGAUGCAUCACCAUCCCCAAGAACGAUGGCCGGGCACGUGGCGGCGCCGCCGGCAGCAUCACGGCCGCCAUGCUCAUCCGCGCCGCGUGGGCUCUCGUGGUUCACUACAACACCGGCGUGGACGAUGUCGCCUUUGGUGCCGUCUUGUCCGGCCGCAACGCUCCUGUGGCAGGCCUGGACAAAGUCCUCGGGCCCACGAUCGCGACCGUGCCGGUUCGCGUACAGAUCCCGUGCCGCCACAGAGAGGAGCAUGUUACCAUUGCCGACUUCCUCGAGGGCGUCCAGGAGCAGGCCGGAGACGCCAUGGCCCACGAGCACAUUGGCCUGCAGAACAUUGCCAAGAUCAACAGCGCUGCCAAGAAGGCGUCUGGGUUUCAGACUGUCCUCGUCGUACAGAGCGCAGGCGGAAUUGGCGUGUCCGAUGAUUCAGCCGCCAUCGGCCGUUGGGAUCAGGCAGCGCACACUCUGGAGACCGCGACGUAUCCGCUGGCCAUCACGUGCACUCUCCACAAGGGCACUGUUGAAGUGGUCGCGAGUGUCGACUCGAGGGUGAUGGAGGCCUGGCGGGUGCAGAAACUACUGGAUCAGCUGGCGUACACUAUGGACCAAAUCGUCGAUUCGCCAGCGGACGCCUUGCUCAGCAGUCUCGCGCGCUUGACUCCAUCGGACGCCGAGAGCAUCUGGAGCUGGAACCAGCACGUGCCGCCGGCUGUCGAGGAGACGCUUCCCGAGAUGGUUUCCAGGAGGAGUAGAGAAUCUCCCGCGGCCAUUGCCAUUGACGCGUGGGACGGCCCAAUGACCUACUCGGAGCUUGAUGAAGUAUCUGGCAGACUGGCCCUGGGCCUCGGACGCGAGGGCGUCUCAACGGGCGACUUUGUAGCUCUCAUGCUCGAAAAGUCAAAAUUAGCGCUCGUCGCCAUCAUCGCGGUGAUGAAGGCUGGCGGGGUCUAUGUUCCGCUCGACGCUUCGAACGCCAGAGACCGCAGAGAGACCAUCUUGCAGCUCAGCAAUGCCAAGGUCGUUUUGGUGUCCAGGGGAUACUCGGAACUGGAUCUCGGCAAGGGAAGACGCACCGUCACUAUAUCUGAAGAGUUCCUGGACUCAUUGUGCCAGGACAGCGAUGAAGUUCUGCCAAUCGUCAAUCCCUUGGAUAUUGCCUACGCCAUCUUCACAUCAGGCAGCACGGGAGUCCCAAAGGGCGUCCUCGUGCCUCACCAAGCCAUUGCUACGAGCGCAUUCCAUCACGGUCAGCAACUCGACAUGCAGCCGUCGACACGGACGCUGCUCCUCACCGUCUUCAUCUUCGAUGUCUCCAUGUGCGAGAUUUUCAGCACGCUCAUCUUCGGCGGCACAGUGUGCAUCGCAUCGGAGCCCGACAUCCGGAACGAUCUCCUUGGGUGUGUGAACCGCCUUCAGAUCAACACCAUCGAGAGCACUCCGUCUGUUCUGCGCUUGAUUGAGCCAGCACAUGCGCCAUGCCUGCGCAAAGUCGUCAUUGGCGGCGAAACGCCACUGACUGCCGAUUUCGAACGCUGGAGACAUGUUGACCUCUUUCCCGUAUAUGGUCCCACCGAGUGUGCGGUCGUUUCCACUAGUCGAAAGAUCCCGCGCGGCGAGAGCUGCUGCGCAAGCGCAAGCCGCAGCAUUGGCACGGCAGUCGGCUGCCUUGCCUGGAUUGUUGAUCCCAAGAACCAUGACCAGCUGCUUCCCCCCGGCGCAGUUGGCGAGCUCCUCAUUGAAGGCCCCAUCCUUGCUGCCGGCUAUCUGGAGGACCCUUUGAAAACCGCCGCAAGCUUCAUCCAAGACCCCGAAUGGCUUCUCAGGGGCACGCCGACCUCGCCGGGGCGGCACGGAAGGCUGUACAAGACCGGCGAUCUCGUUCAGUACACUGGAGACGGCCAACUAGUAUAUGUUCGGCGGAAAGACACGCAGGUCAAGAUCCGCGGGCAGCGUCUGGAGCUGUCAGGGGUGGAGCACACGGUCUUGCAGGUCCUGGAGCCUCAGGUCAAGACAGUUGUCGCCGAGGUUCUCGAGACACACCACUCUGCUGGAGGGAGCUCGUCACUCGCCGCCUUCUUGACCCUGAAGCCCCAGCAGCGAGAUGAACAUGCGUCAGCUUGCGACACCAGGGCCGUCGAUGGCGUCCGGAUCACUCCAUUCACACUCGAUUCUGCUGCGUAUGCUGCAUUAACAGCAAAGCUUGCAUCGUACAUGGUACCAACGGCCUGGUACGCUGUUGAUCACUUUCCGCUGGCGGCGACGGGCAAGCUGGACCGGCAGAGACUCAGAAAGAUUGGAGCACUUUUUGCCCAAUCCGAGUUCGGCGACAGACUCAUUGCUGGCUCCGUGGAAGACUCAGCCAAGAGGACGCAGCCUGAGAGACGGCUUGUGAAGGCGUGUGCUCAUGCACUCGGCCUCGACGAGUCGCGAAUCGAUACAAGGACUAGUUUCUUCAGCCUCGGUGGUGAUUCCAUCGCGGCGAUGAAGCUGGUUGGUGCUGCGAGGCGGAAUGGGCUUGUGAUCACUGUUGCUCUCAUCUUUCAGCAUCCCGUACUUUCUGACCUUGCGGCAGUGGCGACGGCCAACGCGACAGAAGAGGGAGAGAAAAUCGACCCCUUCUCACUCCUGCCGGUGGAGAUCUCCAUCGAUGUAGUCAGGGAUCAGGUCGCUGCGGCGUGUGAUGUUGAUGCCGACCUUGUACUCGACGCCUACCCUUGCACACCACUGCAGGAGGGAAUGCUGGCGCUCAGCUCCCUGGACUCGAGUAAUUACGUUCUGCGUACUGUGUUCCAGUUGCCAUCAAGGGCCAACAUUGAGCAGGUCAGAACGGCCUGGGAGAGCACAGUGCGAGCUCUGCCUAUAUUGCGGACUCGUGUGGUCCAGCACCUGACGCUCGGACUGAUCCAAGUCAUUGUCGAGCAGGACGUGGAGUGGAACACAGGGAGCAACCUCGAAGAGUACCUGGCGGCCGACAAGAGGCUUCCCAUGACUCUCGGCCAACCACUCGCCCGCUACGGGCUCAUUGAAGACGACAAGACCGGAGAAAGCUUCCUCGCGGUGACGAUCCACCACGCUCUCUACGAUGGAGAGUCAUGGCAACUGGUGAGAGAGUAUUUCUCCAAGGUUCUUGACCGAUCAAAUACGCCGCAUCUGUCGGACGGAUUCAACAGCGUCGUCAAAUGCAUCCUGGACCGAGAUCCUCUCGAGGCCGAGCGCUACUGGCGUGACACCUUUGCUGGGCUGAGCGGCACCGCAUUUCCCGCCGCGCCGUCGGGAGCUGGUGUCGUCCAGGUCGACAGCACCAUCUACAGUGCCGCAGUUGACCUCCCGAAGAGCAUGCGGGCCGGCUCUGGUGUCACGGGCGCCUCGGUGGUCCGGGCUGCCUGGGCCUAUGUGGUUCAUCAGUUCACCGGCACCGAGGAUGUCACCUUUGGCGCGCUUUUGUCCGGGCGCAACAUGUCGAUCCCAAACAUUGACAAGAUUAUUGGCCCUACCAUCGCCACAGUCCCUGUUCGGGUGAGGAUACCGUCUUCUCCUUCCUCAUCGUCGUCGAUCUCGACCUUUCUUAGGGGAGUGCAGGACGCGGCCAUCGCGAUGAUCCCGUACGAGCAGACUGGGCUCCAACACAUUGCGAAGUUCGGCGUCGAGGCCCAGCAAGCGUGCGACUUUCAGACGCUUCUCAUCGUCAACGCUGCCAAAGCGACAGAGGAGAGUGAGAAUGUGGAGGCUGCCGGCUCAGGGAGGUGGAUCCAGAAGUUCGACAGCCGAGAGUUCACGACGUACGCUGUCGCCAUCCAGUGUGACCUCUCUGUCGCGGGCAGGGUCCAGCUCGAGUGCGCGUUUGACUCCAACAUCGUCGAGGCCUGGCGUAUGCAGAUGAUGCUGGAUCAAACGACCUUUAUCAUUCAGCGCUUCAUGGAAGCCACCAUCGACCAGUCCUUGGCUUCCCUCGGCGACCUCUCGCCAUCUGACAGCAAGACCGUCUGGCAGUGGAACAGACAUCUCCCACCCAGAGUCAACGAGCGUGUCCACGACAUUAUCCAACGUCAGAUCGAUCUGCACCUCGACUCUCCCGCCGUCAACUCCUGGGACGGUGACCUGACGUACCGCGAGCUAGACGAUGCGUCCCGACGCCUAGCGCACGAACUGGUGGAGGCGGGUGUCAUCGAGGGCUCGCUUGUUCUCCUGUGUUUCGAAAAAUCGAAAUGGGCCAUUGUCGCAAAGCUUGCUGUUCUGCGGGCCGGUGGCGCCUUUGUGCUUCUCGAACCGACGCUGCCAGAGACGAGGCUGCGUAGUAUUAUCCGGCAGUCAGGGUCUUCUCUUGCUCUGGCGACUGCUAGCACCGAGUCCGUCAUCUCGCCACUCACCGCACAAGUCAAAGUACUCGACGACCGACUGCUGGGCCCAAUCACAGAGAAAUUCGUCAGCAAGUUGCCCAUCGUCUCGCCCUCGUCACCAAUGUACAUCCCGUUCACGUCUGGCACCACGGGUGAGCCCAAGGGAAGCAUCAUCUCCCACAGCUCCUACGCAUCGACACUCCGCUACCAAUCCCACCGACUGACCUGUCCACACCCUCGUGUCUUUGAUUUUUGCCCUUACUCAUUCGACGCAUGCAUCAUCAACAGCAUGAUGACGCUCGCCGUCGGCGGCUGCAUCUGCAUCGCGUCCGAAUCGGACCGCAAGGAUAACCUCACGGGGGCCAUGCUGGCGAUGAAGGCAAAUUGCACAACCUUCACCCCGUCGGUCUCGAUGCUGGUGGACUUUACAAAGCUGCCGCUGUUCCGGAUGCUCAUCUUGGGCGGUGAAGCCGUGAGGGAGAUUGACAUUGAUCGCGUCCCUGAUUGGAUCCGGGUGGUGAACAGUUACGGGCCGUCUGAAUGCACGCCGACGAGCACAAUCAACGACGAGACAAUCUGCCCGAGGAGAGAGGUCACGCGGAUCGGUAAGGGUGCCGGGACGUGUACCUGGGUGGUGCACCCAGAGGAUCACAACCGUCUCAUGCCCGUUGGCGCUAUUGGCGAGCUGCUUGUCGAGGGUGCUGCAGUGGGAGACGGUUAUCUCGGCCACCCCGAGAAGACAGCCGCGGCUUUUAUUCAGGCGCCGCCCUGGCUGAGGAAAGGCGUGGACGACGAUGUCCCGGGGCGUGAUAGCCGCCUAUACAAGACGGGCGAUCUUGUCAAAUAUGACGAAAAUGGGGUUCUCACAUACCUUGGACGCAAUGAUUCUCAGGUCAAGCUGCGAGGUCAGAGACUGGAGCUGGGAGAGAUCGAACACCAUGUCAUCACCUGUCUCCCUGGCGCCAAGGAGGUCGUUGCAGAGGUGAUUCAUGUUGACGGCAAUGCUUCCUCGGCCGCUCUCGCGGCGUUUGUCGUCAUGCAAGGAGACGACGCUCCAAAGAGCCUCAAAGACACUUUGCACGCAAGAGCCUUUGCGGUCCCCAUGGCCGUGGAGACUGAACUUGCCGCCCGCGUGCCCAGCUACAUGGUGCCCACCGCUUGGAUCGCCCUCCCAGCCUGGCCUCUGAACAACAAUGACAAGAUCGACCGCAAAGCCAUUCGAAAACUCGGCUCGUCUUUCACGUGGGCGCAGCUAUCGCAGACAGCAGUGGGCCCCGAAGUACCGCAGAAACGUCUUCCUAAGACAGAGGCUGAGCGCGCGCUCGCGCAGCUGUUCGGCCGUGUUCUCAAUAUUGCGUGCGAGUCUGUGGGCGUUGACGACAGCUUCCUGCGGAUAGGCGGAGACUCCAUCACGGCGAUGCAGGUUUCUGCAGAAGCGAGACUCCAGGGUCUGAGUGUCUCUACCGCGGUGAUUCUGCGGCACAAGACGAUUGCAGAUAUACUGGAAGCAUGCGCUUUGGUGGAUAGUCCGACCACGGACCUGGAGACCACUCGCACAGCGUCAGAAGAUGAGGACGUCGGGCAGACGACCAGUCUCACUCCCAUCCAGGAACUCUUCUUUCGCCACCAGCCUGACCACGCGGUCUCCUUUGACCAAUUCUUCCUUCUGGACGUGCGAGAGCGAUUGACCGUUGACAGACUCAACGACGCUCUAACAUUGCUAAUCGACACACACUCGGCUUUGCGGACCAAGUUCAUGCAGGGCGAAGGCGGUAGGUGGAUGCAAUGUGUCCAUCGUGAUGCUACUUCUGCGUUUCAGACUUUUCACCAGGACGGUCUUCUCGACAUGCAGGAGGCCAGCCCGGUCCUUGCCCGCUGUCGAGGAAGCCUCGAUAUCCGUCACGGGCCGCUUGUGUCGGCCGCGCUUCUUGAUAUGCUGAAUAGUCAGCAACGAUUGUUCAUCUCGAUCCAUCAUUUGGUUGUAGACCUCAUGUCGUGGCGGGUGCUACUCAGCGAUCUCGAGAAGAUUUUAAAGGGGCUCAAAAUCAGUCCUCCUCCCUUGUCAUUUGCAAAAUGGUCUCGUCUCCAACGCGGAUAUGUACUGGCAAACCUGGACCCAGCGGAAGAGCUCCCCUCGACCAUUCCACCGCCACUGCACGAGUAUUGGGGCCUGGGCGAGAAGAGCGCCGCACCAUCCUCCACCACCACGGCAUCAUUUAUACUGGAUGAGUUGUCGACGUCGCUUCUUCUCGGUGAAGCCAACACUGCCUUUGGCACGCGCGCACCUGAACUGAUGAUGGCCGGUCUGCUUCACUCCUUCAGCCAUGUCUUUGUCGAUCGCAGACUCCCGACGAUCUUCAACGAGUCCCAUGGCCGCGAGUCCUGGAGCGAUGCCUUGAACCUGUCAACCACAGUUGGCUGGUUCACAACCUUGCAUCCCAUCCCAGUCAAUGCCACUGAGCUUCUCGAGUUCGUGCGCCGGACAAAGGAUUCGGCUCGCAGCUUCUCCCAGAAUGGUUGGAGGUACUUCGCAUCGCGUUUUGCCGACGAAGCCAUCACAGACGAGUUUGCCUCGCAAUUUCCCGUUGAGAUCAUAUUCAACUAUUCCGGACGGUAUCAGCAGUUUGAGAGGGAAGAUGCGUUCUUCCAGACCGUCCCGGCGUCGAAAGAUCUUGUGGGCCCCAUCACCGCGCCCGAAUUGAAGCGGUAUGCCGUUUUCGAUGUCAUGGCAACCACAGAAGGUGGAUGUCUCGCUGUGACCGUGAUGUAUGAUCAGUGCAUCAGCCACAGCGACAAGGUUCAGGUCUGGGCCGAUGAGUUCAAGGCUUCUCUGCAGCUGUUAGCCUCGGAGCUUCGCGAUCGGCAGCCCGAGUGGACGCUGGCUGAGUUCCCAGGCGUUUUCGGAUCCUACUCUGACAUCCAGACAUUCAACAGUGAGAUCUUGCCCCGGAUCGACGAGAGCAUGCGUUGCAAUGGUGUCGAGGACAUCUUCCCCAUGACGCCCAUGCAAGAAGGUAUCCUCAUCAGUCAGGCGAAACAUCCCGAGAUGUACCAAACUCGUCUCGACGUGCUUCUCUCCAAUUCUACGACGGACGCAUCGCGCCUACAAUGGGCCUGGAAGCAGGUUGUCCAGCGGCAUGCCCUUCUCCGUGCGGUGCUGGUGAGGAACUUCCUCGGCGGGAGGAUGAUGCACGUGGUGCUGAAGGCGCCAGAUGUGCACAUUGCGCUCGAGGAAACCACAGAGGAUGCUUUGAAGUUGAGGUUGCACAGCAAUGAUACGAAUUAUUCGGAAUUUGGAUUGCAGCAUUGCCUAACGUUGUAUAAGCUGCUGAAUGGAGAGACGCAUCUGUUGCUAGAGUUCAACCACGUCAUCACAGACGGGUAUUCAACUGGGUUGAUCCUCCAGGAGCUCAAGUCAUUGUACAAUGGCGGCUCUGCACUUGGCCCGGCACAGAGCUUCAGCAACGUUGUCUCCUUCUUCGGAAAGACACCGCAAGAAGAGGGUGUUGUGUAUUGGAAAACCCUCCUCGCGGAUGCUGAGCAGUGCCAGUUUCCAGAUCUUGGCGGGGAGGCGAUGGCACCUGAAAUGCUCACAGUGCCAAACAUUGAUACAGAGGCGAUUCGGGCAGCCUGCGUAGAGUGGGAGACCACGCCUGCCAUCAUUAUCCAGGUUGCCUGGGCUUUAGUACUGGCUGCGUACACGGGUAUUCAGCGGCCCUCCUUUGGCGUCAUCUGCUCCGGGCGAGAUCAUCCGAUUGACCGCGUCGAUAUGGUGGUUGGACCUCUGAUUGGGAUGAUCACGGCCAGUAUUCCUUUGCAGAGGGAAGCCAGUGUGCUGGACGUGCUCAGAAGUGCGCAGUCGGCUUACUUGGCCGCGCUGCCGUAUCAGACCGUGCCCCUUUCAGCGGUCCAUAAUGCUCUGGGCCUCGGAUCGGCGGCGUUAUUCAACACAAUCUUGUCAUUCCAGAAAAGCGAAGCUGCAGAUGUUGUGGAUGAUGUGACCAGCGGUCUUUCUAUGAAGGUUGUUGAUGGUCAUGAUCCGAAUGAGUACGCCAUCUCUGUUAGGGUCAUCGACAAUCCUGCCGGAAUCAAGAUCCUCAUCGACCAUGCCGGGAUUCUUUCUCCUUUCCACAGUUCCCAACUUGCUAAUAGUGUUAGCACGGCCAUUUCAACCGUUCUUCACAACGUCCAGGGCAACGUCUCGCAUCUCAACAUUGUGGAUGAGGACAGCGUGGCGCGUGUUUGGGGAUGGAACCAGCAUCUGCCUGCGCCGGUUCAGGAGUGCGUCCACCAGAUCAUCGCCCGCCAAGCUGCUGCCAACCCGGAUCAAUGCGCGGUUGAGGCGUGGGACGGCGAGUUGUCCUUCGGGGAUCUGUUGCGGCAGGCUGAGGUACUGGCGCAGUACCUCUCCUCAACAGGCGUUGGACCUGGCACUACGGUGCCUCUAUGUUUCGACAAGUCGAAAUUCGUCAUCGUGUCGAUGUUGGCGGUUCUGCUGGCUGGCGCGGCCUUCGUCCCAUUAGACCCAGGUCAAGCACCAGCGCGUCGCGAAAUAAUUCUGCAGCAAGUUGAUGCGCAUCUAAUCCUGACAACCGACGAGCAUGCCCAGUCAUUCUUCAACCAAGGGCGGGCAGUUUUAGCCGUUUCUGCUGCGUCAAUGGAAAGUAUAUCGUUUGCCCGGACCCAUCAGAAACCGGUCAGAUCCCCUGCGACGCCGUUGUCGACAAUGUACUGCCUCUUCACAUCUGGCAGCACCGGCACCCCGAAAGGUGUGGUUCUUUCACACCAAGCUGUGGCCACAAGCAGUACAAACCAUGGCACCCGCAUCGGAUUCUCCUCGCGAACGCGAACCCUGCAGUUCUCGUCAUAUACCUUUGAUGCCUGUAUCAUGGAGAUAUUUACCACCUUGAUUUUUGGAGGCUGCGUUUGCAUUCCAGCGCCCGCAACGCGUCUCGACGUCGCGGGCUCCAUCAGGGCCAUGAAUGUUAACUUGACUUUCCUGACACCUACGGUGGCGCGCCUGGUCAAGACAGAUGAGGUUCCAUCUCUGCAAACCAUUGUUCUUGGAGGUGAGGCGAGCUCUGCGGGAGAUCUUUCAAGAUGGCAUGGGGUCGAUAGAGUCAUGCAAGCGUAUGGCCCAACAGAGUGUGCAGUCUUCUGCACCGCCAACGACGAGGGUUCUGAUGCGGUGUGGAAGAACAAAAUGGGCCGGGCCGUCGGGAGCAGUGCGUGGAUCGUCGACCCGCAAGACGAAAACAGGCUUGCGGCCAUUGGCGCUGUGGGAGAACUUCUUAUCGAAAGCCAUCAGCUUGCCGAGGGAUACCUCCUUCAGGACGCCCUCACAGACGAGGUGUUUGUCAAGAACCCGCCAUGGCUGACCCGCGGUCUGCCCUCCAGGAAGAAUACUGGCAGGUCCGGCAGGGUGUACAAGACUGGCGAUCUGGUUCGCUAUGUCGGCGACGACGGCACCAUGCAGUACAUUGGUCGCAAAGACGCGCAGGUCAAACUCCACGGGCAACGCAUUGAGCUCGCCGAGAUAGAGCACAACGUGAUGACUUGUGUUCCAGGAGUGGUGCAGUUCGCAGCUGAGGUAGCCACUCUUGAGAAGGGAGCAGAGAAGAUGCUGAUAGGAUUCCUGGUUUUGGCAGGAGACGGCACAGAGGUGAUUCGCUCCGUGCCACCGGCAGCAUCGCAAGAGAUUUAUUCAUCGCCUCGACAAGGCGUUCAAAUCUACGCCAUGGCCUCUGAUAUCGAGGAUGGCCUUGCCAAGCGGAUGCCAAACUAUAUGGUCCCCAGCGUUUGGUUUAGUCUCGUCCGACUUCCCACAGCAAUUUCUGGCAAGAUCGAUCGCAGGAAGCUGAAGGAAAUCGCGGCGUGUUUCUCGAUGCUCGAGAUCGCAGACGCGAAGAGACAGAGCGGUGGUCUGGUCGUGUCCACAGAGGCGGAGAAGCUAAUGCAAAGGCUAUGGGCGCAGGUCCUGGGUCUGAGGAUGGAGGACAUCGGCCCAGAUGACAGUUUCUUCCGUCUUGGUGGUGACUCGAUCGCUGCUAUGAAGCUUGUCAGUGUCGCGAGGGAUACGGGAUUGAAUCUCUCCGUCGCUCAAAUCUUUCAACAGCCAAGGCUCUCGGUACUCGCAGAAAGCAUUGUCGAUCCUGCAAGCACGACUGAUGCCCCCCAAGUUGCGCCUUUCGCUCUGCUCGGAGAAUGGUCUGCGGAGGCGUGCAGGAUAGGGGCUGCACGCGCUUGUGGGGUAGACCCUGGGGCUGUGGAGGAUAUGUACCCCUGCACACCAUUGCAGGCUGGCCUGAUGGCUCUCACGUCGAAGCAGAAGGGCAGCUAUAUCUUGCAAAGCGUAUUAGAGUUGGGCGAGAACAUCGACCUUGCGCGAUUCAAAGAGGCCUGGAACCAAGCUGUGGAGUUGACUCCGGUUUUACGAACGCGGAUCGCUCAGAUCGAGGGAGUUGGGUUGACGCAGGUGGUUUUGGCUGCCCAAGACAUUGAUUGGCAGCAUUCUGCAGAUCUGGAGACCUAUCUUUAUCAGGAGAAGCUCGAGGGUAUGGAUCUAGGACGGCCGUUGACAAAGUUUGCGCUCAUUCACGAGAAUGAUCGAUCACAACCGACACUAUUCGCCUGGUCGGUCCACCAUGCCCUCUACGACGGCCACUCGAUGCCCAUUCUGCUCGAGACCGUCCAGAAGCUUUACGACGGAGAGAAGCCACAGCUUAGCCCGGGCUUCAAUCUCUUUAUCAAUUUUGUCCAGGGCCAGGAGUUAAGCAAAGUGAAGUUGUUCUGGGAGGGGGCCUUGGACCGCGUCGAGAGCGAACCGUUCCCAGCGCUGCCGGGGGGUCAUUACCUGGUCUCAGCGGACACCACGGUGACGAAGACUUGGUCGCUGCCGAAGGCGCCGAAGCUGGAGAGUACGAUGUCGACCAUCGUCAGAGCAGGCUGGGCACUGGCUGUUCAUCGCAACACUGGUGCACAACACGUCGUCUUUGGUGCCACUUUAUCAGGCCGAAACGCACCAGUCUGGGAGAUCGAACGCAUCAUCGGGCCGACCAUCACCACAGUGCCUAUCGUCGCACAAGUCCCGAACCACGCGACCGCCUCUGAAUUCCUGGCCCAGCUCCAGGAGCAGGCCACGGCCAUGAUCCCAUAUGAACAGACCGGCCUGCAGAACAUCGCCAAGAUCAACGACGCAACGAAAGCGGCGUGUGACUUCCAGACUCUACUGGUCGUGCAGCCGACACCUACCGCCGAUGUGGGGGAGACGACCCUGGGAACGUGGAGAGAGGUGGCCCAGACCGAGAGGUUUACGACGUAUCCACUCACGCUCGUUUGCCAACUUCAUGAUGAUGGGAGUAUGGAUGCGCAAUGCGGCUUUGACACGAGCGUUAUUUCCGCGGCCCGCGUGGAGCGCUUGUUGGAGUAUCUAGGUGACGCUGUAGCGGAGUUGAUGACAGCGGAGCCAACCACGUCACUUGAGUCUUUGAGAGGCGCCAAUGCAAUGGAUCUUGAAAAGAUUUGGAAGUGGAAUCAGAAUUUGCCGGGCGCGAUCGAGACACCUGUUGGUGUUACAAUUUCCAAGUUUGCUCGCUCUCAGCCUGAUGCGCAGGCCGUCGUCGCCCACGACGGGAGCUUAACUUUUGCGCAACUCGAGUCGGUCUCCCACAGUCUCGCCGUGCGCCUUGUGGAGGCGGGUGUCACGCGCGAGACGCAUAUUCCGCUUGUGUUUGGUAAAUCCUGCUGGACGGUGGUGGCGAUGUUGGCGGUGCUCAAGGCGGGUGGUGCGUUUGUCCCUCUGGACCCAUCCCAGCCGUCGUCUCGCAUCGCAGUCGUAAGUGAACAAGUCAACGCUCGCGUGAUCCUGGCUUCAGAAAAUCUCACUCUUGAUAUUCUUAAAUCUUAUGAGAUCAUCCCAGUCGGACCCUGGCUGCUCGAACCCGCGACAGACUUGCCAUCGCUACCGCCCGCCGACCCCACCUCCGCAGCAUAUAUCAUCUUCACCUCUGGCAGCACGGGCACUCCAAAAGGUGUGGUCUUAACCCAUGAAGCCCUUAGCAGCGGCACCUAUCACCAUGGCACACGCAUUGAGCUCGGUCUCGACUCCCGCGUCCUGCAAUUCGCCUCGUACACUUUCGACGCCUCCGUCUUCGAGAUCCUGACGACACUGACUUUCGGUGGUUGCGUUUGCGUGCCAUCAGAGAAGCAGCGUACUGACGAUCUGGCCGCGGCGAUGGAGUCCAUGGGUGUCAAUACAGUAUUGCUGACGCCUUCUGUGGCGAGACACUUGGAGCCGGUUUCUGUUCCUUCCUUGAAGAAGAUCCUCUUUGGAGGCGAGGCUUCUGGCGCGGAAGACUACGCCAAGUGGAUGCCGAGAUCGAAGGUCUUUAAUUUGUACGGCCCAAGCGAAGCGACGGUCAUCUGUACCGUUGCGGAAGUGACUACCAACGCGUUGGUGCAGCCGGGUUCGAUUGGCGCAGCGACAGGCUCAACGAGCUGGGUGGUUGAUCCGCAAGACCCUAACGUUCUCCUUCCGAUCGGCGCGACGGGCGAGCUCCUCGUCGAGGGUCCGAUUCUCGCCCGCGGUUAUCUCAACGACGAUGCAAAGACCACGUCCUCCUUUAUCGACACGCCGAGUUGGUUGAAGAGUGGAUCUGCCUCUGUUCCUGGUCGUGACGGUCGCCUCUACCGCACUGGUGAUUUGGUCUCUUACGAGGAAGACGGCAGUCUGUGUUAUCGUGGCCGCCGCGACGCUCAAGUAAAGAUCCGUGGCAUGCGCGUUGAGCUUACCGAAAUUGAGCAUCAUAUUGUCGCGGCACAGAGCCCGCUACGGGAUGAUUUGCGUGUAGAGGUGAUUCGGCCUCUGGGCGAGGAAGCUGCCGACAUGCUCGCAGUCUUUGCCGUUUACGACGGAUCUCCCGAAGCAAAGUCGGCCUUCGUGGCGGGUGGUACCGAAUUGGGGGACCAAGAUGGGAAAUGUCUCGUUUUGCCCCUACUGGCCGACCUGGAACGGGAAAUCGCCGAGAAGCUUCCCAUUCAUAUGAUUCCAAGUCUGCUUUUCAUCGUCGACAGUAUUCAGCUCAACAGGGCUGGAAAGACCGACAGGCAGAGACUACGGCAGCUCGGCGCUUCUCUCUCAUCCAGUCAAAUAGCCGCCCUUCGCAGUGGUGAAAGAACAUCAAAACGCGAUCUCGCGUCUCAUGAGGAAUGCACGCUGCAGAGUAUUUGGGCGCGCGUUUUGAACCUCGAUGCCAAUCUCAUCGGUCCCGAUAUCAGUUUCCUUCGCCUUGGUGGCGAUUCCAUCACUGCGAUGCAGGUCUCCUCGGCAGCGCGUGCGCACCAGCUGGAUAUUUCUACAGCGGAGAUUCUGCAACACAAGACAAUCGCUUCCAUUGUGGAGGCGUGGAAGGCUCGCGCCGGCGAGGACAGCGGCACAUUUGCUGAGAUCCUGGGUGCGAUUGAGGUUGCAAAGGCGAAAGCUGCCAAUGGAGGCGUGCUUCCCUUGACACCAAUCCAGAAGCUGUUCUUCUUGCAUCAAAAGGAUCCGACUGUGUUAUUUGAUCAGUGCAUUCUCCUUGAGCCGCGGAGAACUGUUGAUCUGCGCAAACUGCGUGCGGCCUUGGAAGACGUGAUACAGACGCAUUCAGUGCUCCGUACGACAUUUGAGGCUUCGUCGACUGGAUCAUGGCAUCAAUGUGUCCCUAUGCUGGGCUCAGAGGCAAAGUGCGAGAGCAUGAGCCUCUGCCAUGUCAAGCUGGAUACACUCGACAGUCUCGCAGAAGUGGUCUCCGGAUGCAGAGAGAAACUCGACAUCACGACCGGUUGUCUCGUUACGGCAGCCCUCAUUGACACCACAGAUGCUCAAUACAUCUUCCUCAGCAUCCACCACCUCGUCGUCGAUCUCGUUUCCUGGCGUAUCAUCCUGGAAGACCUUGAGAACAUUCUCGCAACAGGUUCUCGCCCGGCCCUGUGUCCUUUGUCAUUUGAAGCUUGGUCAUUCCUGCAAGAAGACUACGCCAUCCAUCAACUUGACGAGCGUGCUUCUUUGCCGUUUGAGCUGGUGAAGCCUUUGCACUCGUAUUGGUAUGAGGGCAGCAUGGAGUGCAGCAAGGCGACUAGAAUAGAAAGCUUUACCCUCAACGAGGACACCAGCCCAGCCAUCCUCGGCUCUGCCAACGAAACCCUUGACACCCAGCCAUCCGAUCUCAUGAUAUCCGCCCUCCUCUUCGCCUUCUCUCAGAUAUUCUCCGACAGGUCUCUCCCCGCCGUCUUCAGUGAAAGUCAUGGCCGCGAAGCAUGGGAUCCCAGCAUCGAUCUAUCGCGAUCUGUCGGGUGGUUCACUACCUUGUACCCAAUCCACGUCCAACCGUCGCGCACAGACCUCGUGGACUUCGUGCGGAGAGUGAAGGACUGCAGGAGGCAGAUUGCGAGGUCGGGAUUCGACUUCUUUACCUCCACGUUUCGCGACAAAAAAUAUGCGGAGGAGUUUGUCGAUGGAUUCCCGGUGGAAAUCAUGUUCAACUAUGGCGGUAAAUAUCAGCAGCUGGAGCGGGAUGAUGCGUUUUUCCGAAAUGUUCCGCUGCCAACGGAGGCGAUUUCUGGAGAGAGUGGACUUACAAGACAUGCGUUGUUUGACGUGGUAGUGAGCGCCGUGGGCUCAGAGUUGAGCGUGGGCGUAAUUUAUGACGAUAGCUUGGUCGACAAGUUUGGCCCAAGGAUCCAGCAGUGGACUCGACGCUUUCAGAUCGCCCUCGAGGAUCUCGCGAUGAGCGUUCCACAAAUGUCGCGACAGUGGACAUUGACGGACGUUCCGGCCACAUUCACCUCUUAUGAGCACCUCGACGAGUUUCAGAACAAUUUGACGCCCCAGCUUGCGAUUGGAAGUGUUGACGAGAUUGAAGAGAUUUUCAAGUGUGCGCCGACGCAAGAGGGUAUUCUCAUCAGCCAGGCGAAAGACGCGGAAAGCUACCGAUCGAGGGUGUGCAUCAAAGUAUCAGCCCCCGACAGGGAGUCGGUGAAUAUCGACCGUGUGCAAGGCGCGUGGGUGGAUGUUGUGAAGCGUCACUCCCUGCUGCGGGCAGUCAUUGUCGAUUCAUUGCCCGGCAGCGAAAACGCGAUGAUCGUCGUUCGGAAGAAUGUUGCAUUCGAUUUCGAGCUACAUGAGGAUUCGACUGCAGAGGCAGCAGCCCUCGCUUGGAAGGAGGGUACCGACCCGCGAGGCUGGCGAUUGGAGCAUCAUCUAGCUUUCCACCGAGUGUCGUCUCAUGAGGUGCUCGUCAUCCUGGAGAUGAACCAUGCCAUUGUAGAUGGAUUCUCCAUCAGUCUUCUUCUCGCGGAUUUGCAGGCGGCGUAUCGCAGCACAUUGCCGCCGGGGCCAGCGCCGUCAUAUCGCAGAUUCGUGGAUCACAUCUCUCUGCAGGCAAACGAGCAAAGCUGUGAAUACUGGAAGCAUGCUCUAGCCGAGGCCCACCCUUGCCAAUUCCCGAAUUUGAGCGGGAGAGGUGAUGGCGCAAGCGGGUCAUUGCUCGCCGAGGCGGUGCGACUCACGGUGCCGAAUGUCAACCACAACGCGAUCCGCGCGUUCUGCACUCGACACGAAGUCACGCCCGCGAUCGUCAUCCAGGUCGCAUGGGCGCUGGUCUUGUCCACCUACACAACCUCAUCAUCUCCAGUCUUUGGAGUCUUGACGUCUGGCCGCGACCUGCCAAUCGAUGGCGUGGAAGCCAUCUUCGGUCCCCUCAUUGGCAUGCUUGUUUGCCGCAUCGACCUCGGCGGCCGGACCGAGAGUAUUAUCGACACCGUGAGAAAUGCUCAGAAAGGAUAUCUUGAGAGUCUUCCGCAUCAGAAUGUACCGUUGGCGAUGAUUCAGAAUGAGUUGAGGCUGGAGAAUGGUGUCGCGUUGUUUGACAGCGUGAUGUCUUUCCAGAAGCGUGGAGAAGGUCCGGGGGGUGAAGGUGUGGCGCAUGAGCCACAGACGCAAUUCACGAUCAUCGGUGGCGUUGAUCCAUCAGAGUACGCAAUUUCCAUACAGGCCGUCGAUGAUGGCCAUAAUAUCAGAGUGGCAUUGGACUGUCGUGUCCCGCUAUCCACGACACAGGCAGAUCGAUUGGCCGACAGCUUCAGUGUCGCCAUCGCGUCCAUCGUCGAGAACAAUGAUGCUGGCAGCAUUACAGACGCCCAGCUCCUCGACGAAUCGACUCGCGAUCAGCUAUGGGAAUGGAACAAGAAUCUCCCACCACCGGUGGAGAGAAGUGUACACGAGUUGAUCAACCACCAAGCUCACAGAUCUCCAACACGAUCCGCGGUGUGCGCCUGGGAUGGAGAGUUCACAUACGCCGAGCUGGAUAGGCUCAGCACUCGCCUGGCAUGGCACCUUCUCGCCUUAGGCGUCCAGCCACGCGUCGAAAGGAUACCAAUUUGCUUCGAUAAAAGUUUCUGGGUUAUUGUCUCGAUUCUCGGCGUACUCAAAGCUGGUGCAGCGUUCGUGCCUCUGGAUCCGACGCAGGCUGCCUCGAGACGCGAAACGCUGCUUGGAGAGAUCCAUGGACGGAUCAUACUCGCAUCGGCAAAUUAUGCGGCUUCACUUGACAACGAAAGUAGGACAGUGCUGACGAUUGAUCAAAACGCGAUGGACAACAUGGGGGCACAGGGCUACCACGGGCACGAACCUUUAGCCGUCGACCCCGACGCCCUCUGUUAUGUCCUCUUCACUUCCGGGAGCACUGGUAUCCCCAAAGGCGUUCUCGUCCAACACCAAGCAGUGGCGACAAGUUGCAUUUCGCAUGGAACAGAAGUUGGCUUUUCAGCUUCGUCAAGGGUUUUCCAAUUUUCAUCCUAUACGUUUGACGCGUGCAUCAUGGAGAUCAUGACGACACUCAUCUUCGGCGGCUGCAUCUGCAUUCCUAGCAGUGAUGACCGGAUGGACAACAUUUCCGGCGCCAUCAACAAAUUUCAGGUGGACUUAAUGUUCCUCACGCCUACGGUUGCUGGGCUGAUUGACCCGAAGAGUGUGCCGAGUUUGAAGACUAUCAUUCUUGGUGGCGAAGCCACGACCACGGACGACUUUUCGAGAUGGAAACACCUAGAUCGUGUAUUCAACGGCUUUGGACCUACGGAAACAACGGUGUUCUGUGUCAUGAACUCGGGCGAAACACUGUACACUGACCAGGGCCGCAUUGGUCGAGCCAUAGGCGCUACGACCUGGCUCGCCAACCCAUCCAAUCUUCCACAGCUCGUACCCAUCGGUGUCGUCGGUGAGCUACUCAUUGAAGGUCAUGGGCUCGCAGCGGGCUAUCUCAACGACGCGCAAAGUACGUCAGGCUCCUUUGUUGAAGAUCCGGCGUGGUUGGUACGCUAUGGACGGAAGGGCAAAGUAUACAGGACUGGCGAUCUGGCAAGAUACACAGCCGAUGGAGGUUUAGUGUACGUCGGCCGGGCGGACACGCAGGUUAAGGUCCGUGGGCAACGUUUGGAGCUCAAGGAAAUCGAGCUGCAAAUCACUGCGGCUCUGAAAGGAGUGCAGCAGGUUACGGUAGAGGUGUUCACGCCUCGCGGCGACGGAGCGAUCCCGGCCAUCGCUGCCUUUGUUGUUUCGGACGAUGCUGGCACGGAGCUCAAGAUUGUCGAGAGCCCGGUAGGCGUUGCGGAAACCCUGUCAUCGCAUCUCCCAUCCUACAUGGUUCCGUCCACCUGGUUUGAAAUCUCAGCUGUCCCGCUCACCGCCUCCGGCAAGACAGACAGGAAGAGGCUGCGCGAGCUGGCGUCUCGCUUCUCGAAAACCCAGCUAGCAAGCUUUCAGAAUAUCGACAAAUCACCCAGAGAGGCUCCUGCCACAGAGACUGGACGACAGCUUCUCUUGUUGUGGUCCCAGGUCCUCGACCUGCCUGCGGAAGUCAUUGGGCUUGAUGACAAUUUCUUUCACCUUGGUGGGGAUUCAAUCGCGGCCAUGAGACUCGCUGGUCUUGCUCGCAGGUCUGGGAUUACACUUUCGGUCGCACAAGUCUUCCAGUGCUCAAGACUGGGGAGUGUGGAAGAUGUGUACCCCUGCACCCCUAUGCAGGAAGGUCUCCUCGCCCAGACAAUCAAAAAUCCUGGUGACUACGUUCUUCAAAAUAUCAUGGAGCUCGCAGACGACGUCGAUCUGCUCAGAUUCCGCCAAAGUUGGGAGCACACUGUUCGCGCUAACUCCAUUCUUCGCACAAGACUUGUUCAGCUCGAGGGACAUGGUCUCGUGCAAGCCGUCCUCAAAGCAGGCAUUUUCUGGCGGGAAGCGAUGGAUUUAGAGGCGUAUCUGAGUAGUGACAAGCUGGAAGUGAUGGAGCUUGGCGUGCCGUUGGCACGAUACGCGAUUGUCACAGAUGAGGCCGCGACCAAGAGAUGGUUCGUCUGGUCGAUCCAUCACUCCAUUUACGACGGCGGCUGUCUUCACCUAAUGAAAGCCGAGGCCGAGCGCGUCUAUCUCUCAACGACAGUCGCUCCAUUGUCGCGACCGCCUUUUAGCCUCUUCGUCAAGCAUAUCAUGGAGAACUCCAAAGGCGACGAAGCUGUCAAUUUUUGGAAAACUCAGAUUGAGGGUUACGAUACGCCGACAUUCCCUGCCUUGCCUAGCGAAGGGUACAAUGUCGUAGCCGACGCUCUUCUUGAGCGUCGACAGACCGGCACGGACGAUGUUGUCUUUGGGAUGACACUCUCUGGUCGCAACGUCAAUAUUCCAAGCAUCGAAGCUGUUACUGGGCCGACCAUUGCCACUGUUCCCAUUCGAGUGCAGCUUCCCAGGAUUGAGCAGGAGGUGCUCACUGUCUCGGGGUAUCUUGAUCGUGUCAACAGUCAGGCCAUCUCAAUGAUGCCUUACGAGCAGACAGGCCUCCACAAGAUCGCCACCAUCGACACGUCCUGUCAGCGUGCUUGUACUUUCCAGACCCUGCUUGUUGUGCAGCCAGCGCAAGAUGACCCUGCAAAGUAUCAGAGCUCGGAGCUUGGCAUCUGGCAGUCUUCGGCUCGGACGCGCGAAUUUACCACGUAUGCGGUCACAAUCAUCUGUCAAAUGGUCAAGGAUGGUUCGAUGAAGAUUGGUUGCGCUUUCGAUCCUCGUGUCGUUGAGGAGUGGAGGAUGGGGGCUAUUCUGGACUAUUUUGUUGCUAUUACUCAGCAACUCCUAAACGCUGGGCCAGACGAUCUCAUUGCGGGCCUUGGGGGACUUCUCGCACCUGAAGUCGAGCAGCUGCGGCGCUGGAACGAUACCGUCCCGGCAGCGGUGGAGCGGUGUAUUCAUGACCUCAUCCAGGAUCAGCGGCUUCGCCAGCCAUCAGCAGUUGCCGUUGAGGCUUGGGACGGGAAGCUCACAUACGAGAACCUCAUGUCUUACUCGCAGCUUCUCGCGAGUCACUUGGCCAUAUUGGGUAUCACGAGGAGUGACAUUAUUCCUCUUGUGUUUAACAACAAGUCAAUGUGGACAGUUGUGGCUAUGAUGGCUGUUCUUAAAGCUUCGGCAAUGUUCACUCCUCUGGAUACGACGCAGGCACCAGAAAGGCGAAAGCAGGUUCUCCGUCAGACUGGAGCGAAGCUAGUCCUCACAUCAGAACACCAACGCGACCUUGACGCUGGAGAAGGACAACGCACACUAUCCGUCGGAUCACAGCUAAUCAAAGACCUGCAGGAGACGAUGCCCCCCUCAACAGAGCAUCACCCCUCAAGCCCUACUUCAGGCGCAUACGUGCUCUUCACCUCCGGCAGUACAGGCCAGCCAAAGGGAGUCCUCGUCUCCCACCGCGCCAUCAGCACCAGCAGCGUUCACCACGGCGCCCUCAUUAGCCUCACACCAAGCUCACGAUUUCUCCAAUUUGCCGCCUACACAUUCGACGCUUCCAUCACUGAGAUCCUCACAACCCUUGUCCACGGCGGCUGUAUCUGCGUUCCAGCGAGAGACGAGCUUAUGGGAGACCUGGCGGGUACGAUGGCUGCGUACAACGUCAACGUGGCCUUGUUGACGCCUUCGGUGGCGCGAACAUUGCAGCCAAACUCGGUGAAGUCGCUGAAGACGCUGUUGUUUGGUGGUGAGGCUGUGGCUCACGCCGAUGUUGAGCGAUGGACGGGUGCGGUUGACAAUCUUGUCAAUCUAUAUGGGCCGACCGAGGCUGCGGUGAUCUGCUGUGGCAGACGCAUCGACAAAAUGGAUGACCGCGAUGACAAUCGCUCCGGCAUGCUGGGUCACGCGGUUGGCUCCGUCAGCUGGGUUGUCGAUUCCACGGACCCUAGCAGGCUCAUGCCCCUCGGCGCCGUCGGUGAACUCGCGAUCGAGGGCUCUAUCCUCGCGGACUGCUACAUCAAUGAUCCGGACCGAACCCGAUCCUCAUUCAUCCAGGAUCCAGCAUGGUUGAUGUCAAAGAGGCGUGGGAGAGUCUACCUCACUGGUGAUCUGGUCAGAUACCACGCCGAUGGCACGCUUUCCUACAUCGGCCGUAAAGACAGUCAGGUCAAGAUCCGUGGUCAACGUCUCGAAUUGACGGAGGUAAAUCAUCACGUGCAGGCUUGUGUGCGCGACACGCAAAUUGUGGUCGAGGCGGUCGAGACAGGUGGUGCAAAGGACCAUGCGCUUGCGGUCUUUGCCGUUGUUCCCAGGACCAUGACUGCAGAUGGAGACGUCGAUCAUGGCAUUUCCAUGUCUCCUAUAAGCCCUGAGCUAGAGGAAGAGCUGAGCAAGAGGUUGCUGAGCUACAUGAUUCCCACCGUUUGGUUCGAGAUGCAGGAACUGCCGCUCAACGCCUCGGGAAAAGCCGAUCGCAGGCGACUACGCGAGCUGGGCGCCGCUUGCUAUGCGAGGACAAUGUUUGACCAAACCUGUGGCAUGGCCAAUGCAAGCAAACGUAUGCCCUCCACUGUGGAUGAAAUCCUGAUGCAGAGCGUCUGGUCACGAACUCUCGGCCUUCCUCCACACACCAUAGGGCUCGACGACAGCUUCCUCCGCCUUGGAGGCGACUCCAUCACCGCGAUGCAUGUUUCCUCUUCACUCCGUGCUUCUUCUGUCAUUGUCCCAGUAGCCACAAUACUCAAAGCCAAAACCAUCAGUCGGGUUCUCGCGGCAAUUGGCGGUAACCAAUCGCUGCCCAAUGACACCAAGAUCUUCAGUGAGGAGGCCCCCGGCCAACCAUUCAGCCUCACCCCGAUCCAACAAGUUUUCUUCGGCCACCAACGUGAUCCUCAUGUUCAAUUUGACCAGUGUUUCUUCCUCCGCGUGGAUUCACCGGUUCGGUAUGAGAUGCUGGUCAGGGCUCUCGAUGUUGUCGUGCAGACACAUGCCAUGCUACGCGCCCGAUUCUACCACGACGCAGCUCACGGCUGGCAGCAGUACAUCUUGCCAGAGCCACGGGGGUCAUACACGUUGGUGUCUGAGGAAUGUUCGGAUCAGACGGCGACAAUAGCCGCUAUUGCUCGCUGUCGUCAGUCUCUAAACAUUGAGAGCGGUCCUCUUCUUGCUGGAGUCCUGAUUGAGAGAGAUGAAGAACAGAAUUUGUUUCUCGCGGUCCAUCAUCUUGUCGUUGAUCUUGUUUCCUGGAGGACCAUUCUACAGGACCUGGAGAGUCUCAUCAUUGCAGCCUCCGUCAACAAAGUACAAACACUCCCUCCGCCGUCUCUGUCAUUCUCUGCUUGGUGCAACCUCCAGAAAACCUUCGCCGAGAUGAACCUCCGCCACCAGACAGGCUCCACGGAGAUCGUCCCGCCCAUGUUGUCAUACUGGGAUCUCGACGCAGAUAGCAACGCUAUCCAAGAAACUAUGCGGCAGAGUUUCACUCUCGAGGCAUCGGCCACUUCCGCCCUGUUCGGCGCAUGCAACAACCUCUACCGGACACGUCCGCUGGAGCUCAUGGUCGCGGCUCUUUUGCACGCCUUUUCUUGCACCUUUAAUGACAGAUCUUUGCCGUGUCUCUGGAACGAGGGUCAUGGUCGCGAAGUUUGGGACGACAACUUGGAUCUAUCGCGCACCGUCGGAUGGUUUACUACCCUCACACCGGUGCAGAUCACGCAGGCGACAAACACGACCAGUAUUCAUGAGUACAUUCGGAUGACAAAAGACCACAUGCGUGGCCUGUCACACAGUGGUUGGGCAGACUUUGUCUCUCACUUUGUCGACAGUGACUCGGCCAGCGAUUUCAUUGCCAAAUUGCCCGCAGAGAUCAUGUUCAACUACAGCGGUGGCUUUGGCCAGCUCGAGCGCGAAAAUUCACUUUUCCGGAACAUCAGCGCGCCAACGUCCAGCAAGGACGUGCAAGAAUUUGAGCCAUUCAGACGACAUGCGGUCUUUGAUGUGUUGGCUGGUGUGAGCGGCGGGCUGCUGAAUGUGAAUUUCAUCUUCCCGCAGUCUGUACAGUCACACAGGAACAUCUCAGCGUGGGUCAAGAACUACGAAACCACCCUUGAGAACCUACGCGAGACCAUGGCCCACGACAACACAGCCCGGCUAACAAUCUCCGACUUUCCAGCUAUAUUCGACUCAUAUGCGGCUAUUGACGAAUUCCACGUCUCCGUACUUCCACAUCUCAACAUUGCCUCCAUCGACGAGAUUGAGGAUAUCUAUUCAUUAGCACCGGCUCAACAGGGCAUUCUUAUCAGUCAGCAGAAAGAUUCCAAGGCAUACCACUCUCGGAUCCACGUCAAGGUGUUGGCGAGAGAGGGAAGCAGGGAUGGAGCUGUUGACUUGUCAAGACUCCGCGGUGCUUGGCGGGCGGUGGUGCAGCGGCAUGACCUCCUUCGCGCGCGCAUCGUUCAUCUCCCCAUGAGCGGCCGCAGUGUGCAAGUGAUUCUCUCAAAUCCGCCGAUCAGCACAACAGUCAAGUCCUCUGCCAGCUUUGAGAAUGUCGUGGAAGCGGUCAGGUCCAGCGCACCGCCUUCUUAUAGCCCCUCCGACUUGCAGCACCACCUCGCCAUCUUCCAGGUCAGCGCCAGCGAUGUGCACCUUGUCCUCCAGAUCAACCACGCCAUCAUCGAUGGCUACUCAACAACUCUUCUCGCACGCGACCUCCAAGCCGCUUAUACUCACGACGGCAACCGUUCUUUGACCCCUGCGACUUCAUACGGCAACUUUGUCACGUUUGUCGAGCGUCAGUCGCGCGAAGAGGGUCUACAGUUCUGGAUCAACCGUCUUCAGGGCUGCGAGCCAUGUCAUUUUCCAGACCUUGUCCCAGCCACCGAGUCCGAAGCCAUCGACGAAAAGCAACAAGCCACGUCAAUCAGUGUGCCGGGCUUGGACAGCGUCCUCAUUCGGAACUUCUGCAAGCACACCGAAAUCACAACCGCGACGGUCAUACAACUUGCUUGGGCGCUCGUCUUGCGCUGGUACACCGGCUCACUUGACCCAUGCUUUGGGAUCCUCUGCUCAGGACGAGACCUACCCAUUCCCGGGGCUGAUAUCAUUCUCGGACCCAUGAUUGGCAUGCUGACCUCUUGGGUUCGUCUUGGGGCCACCGAGGCGUCUACAGUGGCGCAGACACUCGAUGCGAUGCAGGCGUGGUAUCUAGAGAGCUUGCCAUACCAGACUGUGUCGCUGGCGGAGCUGCAUAGUGGCCUUGGAUUGGGCGGCGAUACCCUGUUCAACAGUGUUGUCUCGUAUCAGAAAACGGGAGAGGAGAGGAGAGGUCAUGACAAUGUUGACGAGGUGGUUGAGAUUUCAUUAGCUGGUGGCUACGAUCCCACAGAGUAUACCAUUUCCGUCCGGGCUAUCGACAGCCCCGACGCUCUGCAGCUCAUCGUCGACUACCACGAAGCGCUCAGCGAAGUAGACGCUGCUCGCAUCGGCGACUGCUUCAGCGCUGCAGUCAACGCCAUUGUCUCCCAGCCUGAUGCUCAGAUUUCGACCCUUGACAUUGUGCUCUCUCAGGCUCGCCAGCAAAUAUGGGAAUGGAACGGCGUGGUCCCGCCAACUGCCGACAUGUGCGUUCACGACCUGCUCGAGGAGACCGUCCAGCAAAGCGACCCUAGAUCCACCAUGUACAUCAUCUUCACGUCCGGCACCACAGGCAAGCCAAAGGGCACCAUAAUCAGCCACAAGUCCUUUGCCUCUGCAAUCACUCACCAAGCUUCACGUAUCGGUUUCACCCCUGCCACCAGGAUCCUGGACUUUGCCUCCUACAGCUUUGACGUGUCAAUUAACACUCUCAUGAUGGUCUUGUCUACUGGAGGUUGUGUCUGUGUCCCCUCUGAGGACGACCGCAAAAACUGUCUGACUGAGGCAAUUGUUCACUUUGGCGUCAACACAAUUGACGUUACGCCUUCAGUCUGUCGUCUGCUCGAGCCCGAUGAGAUGCCGCUGGUCACGACCAUGAUUCUCGGUGGCGAGCAGUUGCGCUCGAUCGAUAUCGCGCACUGGCCCGCUCGGGUGCGCGUGGUCAACUGCUACGGACCAUCAGAGUGCACGCCUACCAGCACGAUCAACGACGCACAAGGGCCGAAUUCUAUCACCGGGAUCGGAAGAGGCAGCGGAGCGGUCACCUGGGUCGUCGAUCCCAACAACCACAAUGUCUUGGCUCCACCGGGAGCCACCGGUGAGCUACUGCUUGAGGGUCCCAUCGUCGGCCAAGGCUAUCUCAACGACCCAUCGCACACGGAAGGUUCUUUCAUCACCGAUCCCGAGUUCCUGGUUCAGGGCUCGGCGUCACAUCCAGGACGCAACGCCCGACUUUACAAGACUGGCGACCUGGUGCGGUACCUAGAGAGUGGUGACUUGGUGUACCUUGGGAGGAAGGAUGCCCAGGUCAAGCUACGUGGGCAGCGUGUGGAAUUGGGGGAGGUGGAGCACCAUGCUCUAACCUACGUUCCUCAGUCCAAGGAGGUGGUGGUGGAUGUGAUUCGGCUGGCUGACGGCGAUGCAAAUCAGCAGGUCCUCGCUGCGUUUGUGCUCUUGGACUCCAGCAAUGAAGCGAGCCAAAUGGUCACUGAGACUGUCCACCGAAAUGGCGUCGACAUCGGUAUCAUGUGCAGCACAACCGCUCUCGAAGACGCACUCGCCCAGCGACUGCCGACGUACAUGGUCCCGACAGUCUGGUUCGCUGUUUCGGCCAUCCCGCUUACCAUGGCCGGCAAGACCGAUCGCCGCAAGCUUCGUGACAUCGGCUGCCACUUUUCCGCUGCGUACAUUGGUGAGAAGUUACGUCAAGCCAGUGGAGACAACACCAAGCCACAGACGGGGAUCGAGGUAGCGUUGCAGAUGCUGUGGUGUGAUGUUUUGCAAAUCGAAGAGUCGGACAUCACGCUCGAGGACAACUUCUUCCGCGUUGGAGGUGACUCGCUCAAAGCGAUGGGGCUCGUGGCCAAGGCGAGAAAGGCCGGUCUUGAUGUCUCUGUUGCGUUGAUCUUCCAGCAUCCGCGCCUUGGGGAUCUCGCGACAGAGCUCGCACUUUUGAAGACUCCGGACCACACAGUCGGGGAGACACAGGGCGAUGUCGAGGCUUUUUCGCUCGUUCCCGUUUCUGCAAUUGAAAGUGAGAGUCUGGCGAGCUACGUCGACCAGGUGGGUCAAGCUUGCUUAGUCUCUAAGGAGGAGGUUGAGGACAUCUACCCUGCAACACCUCUCCAGCAGGGUCUUGUGGCGCUCUCAGCGCAACGACCCGGUGAAUAUGUCAUCCAGAACGUCAUGGAGGUUUCUCCGGCCACAGACUGUGUCCGACUACAACGUGCUUGGGACGAGGCGGUGCGCAGAACGCCGAUACUUCGCACUAGAAUUGCACAAGCUCGAGCUGGUCCUCUCGUGCAGGUCGUCAUCAGACCUCAAUCGUAUGAAAGCGUUUCGUGGACGCACGGCACCAACUUGGAGGGCUAUCUCCUCCAGGACAAGAAAGAAUUGAUGCAAUUCGGAAAGUCGCUUACACGGUUCGCCCUUAUCCAGGAAGACGCUGCUUCAUACUUGGUCUGGACAAUUCACCACUCGAUUUACGACGGUCACUCGCUGCCACAGAUUCAAGCGCUUGUCCACAGACUUUAUCAUGACGACCGCAAUACCCUUGGAUCUGGCCCGCUCUUCAGCACAUUCGUCCGAUAUCUGUUGCAACAGGAUGAAGAUGUGAACAAGCAAUUCUGGGCCACCGCCCUAGCUGGCUGCGAAUCCACUCCUUUCCCGCCCACACCUCCGUCCAUGUCCCUCCUGGACACCCCAAUCACUGCCGAUGCCUCCCUCAGUAUUUCCUUCACUACGCCACCGAGCCACAAAUCCAGCGUCACGGUAGCAACCCUCAUACGCGCCGCCUGGGCUCUGACCGUGUACCGCUACAGCGGCUCGCCAGACGUUGUUUUCGGCGCCACGCUCUCUGGCCGGAAUGCGCCCGUGCCUGGCAUUGAAGACAUCCUUGGUCCAACGAUUGCUACCGUUCCUGUGCGGAUCGCGGUGCCUGCGAGAGAUGACACUCUGACGCUGCUUGACUUUUUGACUGACGUGCAGGCUGGCGCUACGGCUAUGAUGCCGCAUGAGCAGCACGGGCUGCAGAAUAUCGCCAGGCUGAGUGAAGAGGCGCACAGAGCCUGCGAUUUCAAGACACUCCUUGUCAUCCAGCCUCAUGAGGAUGACAAGGUUCAUGAUCAAGGUGGCCACCAAGCACUCGGUGUCUGGCGGGAAGCUGUCGUUGCGAGUGGAGCAUCUAGCACGUAUCCCCUCUCGGUCAUCUGCAGCCUCUCCAGGUCGGGGACAAUGCACGUCGCAUUCAAUUUCGAUGCGCGGAUCCUUCCGCAGUGGCGAGCUGAGCGUAUUCUCGAGCAGUUCCGCUUUUCCAUCUGCGAGCUUUCGACUCUGGAUCCCGACACAGUACUAGGCCAGACGGAGAGUCUCUCGCCUGCCGACAAGAACCAGCUUUGGUCGUGGAACUGCGUGGUUCCAGACCCAAUAGAGGCAUGUGUUCAUACUCUUGUGCAGAAGAAGGCACAGAAUCAGCCGGGGUCGAUCGCUGUGAGCGCCUGGGACUGGGAAAUGACGUAUCGCGAGCUGGAAGAAGCGGCUACGAAGCUCUCACGAUAUCUCUCAGACAAACGCGGCAUUGCACCUGGUGCAAUCGUUCCGUUGUGCUUCGAUCCGUCGAUUUUAGCGGUUGUCGCAAUGCUUGCAGUUCUACAAGCUGGCGCAACGUUUGUGCCGAUGGACCCGAGCCAGCCAGCAGACCGGAGGAGGCAGGUCUUGACCCAGAUCGACGCAAAGACCCUCUUGACCUCGCCUGCUCUCGCUGGGACGCUGGCCGGGGAUCACGCUCAUUUGGCGGUUGUGGCUGUUGAUCAUGAGCUCUUUGUCGACAGUCCCGCGAUCCCACGGUGCGAGGUAGUUGAUCCGACAUCUGCUGCGUACAUCAUUUUUACAUCCGGCAGUACAGGCCAGCCAAAGGGUGUCGUUGUCAGUCAAGGAGCCAUCGCGACAAGCUGCUGGUAUCAUGGAUUGGCCAUCGGGCUGGGCCCAGAGUCAAGGGUGCUCCAAUUCGCAUCAUACGCUUUCGACGCCUCACUACAGGAGAUUCUGACAACCUUGGUCCACGGCGGCACUGUGUGCAUUCCCUCCAACUAUGAUAUUCGCAACAAUCUCACUCAGAGUGUACGCAAUCUGCGAGUCAAUACCGCCUACCUGACACCAUCCGUCGCGAAGCUGAUCGAUCCGAUGCACGUUCCGAGCUUGACCACCAUCAUGCUUGCGGGAGAAGUUUCGGCCGCGCAGGACUUCCAUCGUUGGUCAAGGCCGGGGCAAACCGUCUUGCACGGCUACGGGCCCACCGAGUGCGCGAUCCUGUGCUGCGUGGCGCGUGUUGACCUCGCCGCCGAUCUGCAGCCCGCCCGUAUCGGCACAGCCGUGGGUGGUGUCAGUUGGGUCGUUCAUCCCGAUGACCACACACAACUCCAGCCCGUUGGUGUCGUUGGAGAGCUUCUCAUCGAAGGCCAAAUCCUUGCCACCUCUUACUUGCAUGAUCAAGAGGCUACCGAUUCCUCAUUCGUCAAUUCACCCCCGUGGCUCAUCAACGGCUCACGUGGCGACCACUCUGCCGGACGCCAAGGUCGACUCUACAAGACUGGAGACCUGGUUUCCUACAACCCUGACGGGUCGCUCAACUACAUUGGCCGGAAAGACUCGCAGGUCAAGAUUCGUGGGCAGCGCGUCGAGCUUGGUGAUGUGGAAGUCUCGAUUUCGCAGUGCUACCCCGAGGCUCAUCAGCUCGUCGCCGAAAUCAUCAAGCCGAGGGGCGAGAGUCGCCAUCCACUGCUUGCUGCUUUCGUGGUAUUGGAGACGCCUGAUCAACCUUCGUCGCCAAGAAAUACCAAUGGAGUGGACAUUGUGCUUCUCUCCACUCCAGCGACCGUCGAGAGUCAGCUUCGUGACAUGGUACCCGAUUACAUGGUACCAUCAGCAUGGUUCGCUAUCUACAAUUUGCCUUUGACUACGUCAGGCAAGACAGAUCGCAGGAAACUUCGCGAGGCUGGUUCCACUUUCACAGCUGCGGACCUGGCAUCAGUAGCACGCGAGGAUGCCGAUGUCACACAGCGACUGCCUUCGACGGAGGAUGAGCGGACUCUUUGCCGUCUGAUCGCCCAAGUUCUCAACAUUAAUGCUGCGAUCACACCUAUUGGAGUUGAUGAAAACUUCUUCUACCUCGGAGGAGACUCCAUCACAGCCAUGCAGCUGUCCACUGCUGCGCGAGGCGAGGGAUUGCGCAUCUCGACCGGCAUGGUCACGCGCUUCAAGACAGUCCGCCGAAUAUUGGACGCCGGCGACGGCGACCAUGUUCCGCAGACUCUUUCCAGGGACGACCUCCAUACCCCGGAAGACCAGAUCGUGCCGCUGGCGCCGAUUCAGCAAAUGUUCUUCCUUCACCAGCCGAGCCCCAGUGUCUGCUUUGACCAGUUCUUUUACCUUCGGCCGAGGACAGCCAUCACGCAGACAAGCCUCGAAGUCGCGUUUGGCCAGAUACUGCAGGCACAUCCGAUUCUCCGCGCGCGCUUCCGUCCGGACGGCGAAGGUGUGUGGGCACAGCAGAUCACGCCCACAAUGGAUAAUUUCCGCUGCACAAUGCGCGCGUGCAACAACUACGCGGAAGUUGCAUCUGCCAUCAAGGCUCAACGCGCCAGCCUAGACAUUACGAGCGGCCCAUUGAUCGCCGUGGUUCUCUUUGAAGUCCAUGGUGUCCAGACGCUCUUCAUCACGAUCCACCAUCUCAUCAUUGACCUGGUCUCCUGGCGCAUCAUCCUGGCAGACCUGGAGAAGUUACUUACCAGCGACCCAUCGCCGCUCGCGCCGGUCGGGACAUCCUUCGCCACGUGGUCCACGUUGCAACAGCAGCGUGCCGGUCAACUCACCAUCGCCGGCCAAGGCGAAGGACGUCUGCUUCAGCCUCCAUUGUCGCAGGUCGCCUACUGGACCGACGAUGCCGCCGCGGCGAGCUUGGACAAGGACUCUUCGACCCUAACGUUCACUCUUGAUGAGGAGACCACCAAGGCGAUUCUCGGGUCGUGCAAUCAAGCCUUGGGCACAAAGCCGAUUGAGCUGAUGAUCUCCGCGCUCAUGUACUCGUUCCGUCGUGCCUUUGAGGAUAGAGACUUGCCAGUGGUGUACAAUGAGGGUCAUGGUCGCGAUAGUUGGGACGACCAGCUAGAGCUGGACCUAUCAAGGACCGUAGGAUGGUUCACCACGCUCUACCCGGUUCACGUCGACGCGGGAUCUCUUAGCGAGGAUACUCAGGACAGUCUCCACGACAUGGUAGCCAAGGUCCACUCCACCAUGUCCACAGCCGCGUCCCCAGACACCGGCGCCGCAUGGUUCACCUCUCAAUUCGCCACGGCCGACGCCGCCGCAUCCUUUGUCCGAAGCCAGCUCCCCGCGGAGGUCGUCUACAAUUACGCGGGCGUGUACCAGCAACUUGAACGCGAUGACGCCUUCUUCGAGGUCACAUCACCCUCCGCCAUGGCCGCCGGCGCGGAGUGUGGAGCCUCGUUCGACAUUGACCCGUCUUCCGCGGCCGAGGCGAAGCGGUACGCGCUGUUUGAGGUGUUGGCGGGUGUGUCGGGUGGAAAACUUGGGAUUUCGGUGCUGUAUAGUCAGCAUUUGAGGCAUCAGGAGAAGAUUCGCGCGUGGUUUCAUGGGUUUGAGGAGGCCUUGAUAAGGAUUGCGCGGUGA